AAUUAUUGUGAUUAGUUUGGGACUACAGUCUACACGUAACACGCUGCAUUUAAUAAUUUUUAAAACUGCAGAUCGUUAACUUGAAACUUCAUGGUUACGUCAAAAAAAAAAAGUGAUGUACAGACUUUAAGUACACUUUUUAUUAAAAAUAAUUUAUUUUUGUCGAGUUGUGGAUUAAUUCUUAGCCUGAAUGGAAAACAAUAAGCAAUUAUCAUACCGUAACAAAAUUAUAUUAGCACCUAUGGUCAAGAUCAACACUCUUCCAAUGCGAUUGUUAGCUUUGGAUUAUGGAGCUGAUAUUGUUUAUACAGAAGAAUUGAUCGAUUAUAAACUAUUAAACUGUCAUAGAAAAGUAAAUGAUACCUUAAACAGUGUUGAUUUUAUUGAUAAAAGUGAUGGCACAGUAGUGUUUCGAACAUGUCCACGUGAAAAACCGUUUGUAGUUCUUCAAAUUGGUACAAAUGAUCCAAGUCGAGCUGCAAUGGUCGCAAAACUUGUGUAUGUUGAGUAUGAUUUGACAGGGGUGAGAUUAGAAUAUGAUGUUGCCGGAAUUGAUAUUAAUAUGGGUUGUCCAAAAGGAUUUUCACUUAAAGGAGGUAUGGGAGCAGCGUUAUUAAAUCAAUCAGACAAGGCAUGUGCCAUACUAUCUGCUGUAAUUUCCACUGUUAGUAUUCCUGUCACGUGUAAAAUUCGAAUUCUCCGUGAUAUAAAUGAGACAGUGUCGUUGUGUAAAAAACUUGCAGCAACCGGAAUAGCUGCAAUUGGUAUACAUGGUCGUAGAAUCCAUGAAAGACCAAUACACGAAAACAGAAACAAUGUAAUUAAAGCCGUUUCCGAGGCAUUAGAAAUUCCAGUUAUUGCAAACGGAGGUUCUAAAGAUAUCAAAGUAUAUGAAGAUAUCGAGAAGUUCAAAAUUGUAACUGGUUGCAGCAGUGUUAUGAUUGCUCGAUCUGCUGAAAAAAAUUGUUCUAUUUUUAAGCGUGAUGGAAAACUGGAAGUCCCUGCUGUUAUUCGAGAUUAUUUACAUCAUGCUAUAAAUUACGAUAGUGUGGCUGCUAAUACAAAAUAUUGUGUUCAAAACAUGAUGGGAAAUGUCCAUGAAACCGAGUUGGGUAGAACAUUUUUAGAGACUUCCACACUUCAAGAAAUAUGCGAUCUUUGGCAAUUAGGAGAUUAUUGUCGUGAAAAACAGAAAAAAAUGAACAUGCUCCGUUUUGAGGAAAGAGAUUUGGCAUGUAAUGAUCAAAAGCGAAUUAAACCAAAUCCAGUUGAUGAAACACAAGAUGACAUCAAUAGUUUAAAAUGCAUGUACAUACGAUCAUUGUAUCCUAUGCCAGAAGACUUACCAAAAACCAAGUUAUUAAACUGGGCAAAAACUCAUAGAAAACCAUUACCUAAAUAUCAUACAGAGCAGUUUGAAAAACUUUUUAAAAGCAUUGUGACAUUUGAUAAUAAAAAAUAUUCAUCUUUAUUUUGGGAAAAAAACAAGCGAUGUGCUGAACAAGGUUCUGCUAUUGUGUGCCUAUAUUUCUUAAAUGUUUAUGACAUGGAAUAUUUGAAAAUUAAUGGAAUUCUUGGAUAACAAAUAUUUUCAGUUUAUAAAAAUAAAAAUAUAAAAUAUAUUAAUGACUGAUUUUUUAGCAUUAAUGUGUACCUGAGAAGAUAAUGUUUUUACAAUGAAGUAUUUUUAUUUAUUUUUUGUGUCUGGAUCCACAAUAUAUCCAAAACUACUCAUCCAAAUCCUUCAAGUAGUAAGUUUUAAAGAUAAAAAAUUGUACUUAAAAAGUACUUUACUUAGCCGAACAUUUUAAAAGUCCACCUCUGCCUCUUAAAAAUUUAAAUAAACACAAAAAGAU